AUGCGGCCUCCCAACCUCGAUUCCCCUCCACAAGAAACCCCUCCUCCACCUCCCAUAGCCACUUACAAGAGAAAAAUCAGGUCGAAAUCCACCCGACCCAUAGCUUCUGCACCUCCUCUCUCAAAACGUAAAGAACCACCCACCACCCCAAUGUCAGAGCCUCCAACUAAAAACCCAAAAACUUCAGCCUCCACACAAGCCAAAUCACCCUCUUUCAGCAAAAAGCAGACAUCAGUAGCAACACAGAGUACCAUAUACAAGGGUAGAGAUAGCAAACAAAGUUUGCCACAUUCUGACACUGCACAACCAGCAGCAGAAACUGAACCCACUGCACAACCAGAAACACAACCUGUCCCACCAGUCCAACAGCAUUCUGCUGAACCUACACCACCCACUCAGCUUGCAUAG